GCUACGACUAUUAUACACGUAAGACCCUGAGGCUUUAAGUCCCAGAACCAACUGAAACAAGAGUUUUGUGUUAAGAGAAACCCCUUGCGAAUCGGAAACAUGGCUACGAUCAAGCUUGUUAAAGCCCGUCAGAUCUUCGACAGCCGUGGAAAUCCAACCGUUGAAGCUGAUAUUAUUCUUUCUGAUGAUAGCCUGGUUAGAGCUGCUGUGCCAAGUGGUGCUUCUACAGGUGUCUACGAAGCCCUGGAGUUGAGGGAUGGGGGAUCAGACUACCUUGGUAAAGGUGUCCUCAAGGCUGUGGAGAAUGUGAAUAAAAUCAUUGGACCUGCUUUGAUAGGGAAGGACCCAACAGAGCAGGCUAAAAUCGACAACUUUAUGGUACAACAGCUUGAUGGAACUGUUAACGAAUGGGGUUGGUGCAAGCAAAAGCUUGGAGCAAAUGCUAUUUUGGCAGUUUCCCUUGCUGUUUGUAAAGCUGGUGCUUUGGUGAAGAAGAUUCCCCUUUACCAGCACAUUGCCAAUCUUGCCGGUAACAAGACCUUAGUGCUGCCCGUACCUGCUUUCAAUGUUAUUAAUGGAGGUUCCCAUGCAGGCAAUAAACUGGCAAUGCAGGAAUUUAUGAUUCUCCCUGUUGGGGCAUCUUCUUUCAAGGAAGCCAUGAAAAUGGGUGUAGAGGUGUAUCAUAAUCUGAAGGCCGUAAUUAAAAAGAAGUAUGGGCAAGAUGCCACCAACGUUGGAGAUGAAGGUGGUUUUGCUCCCAACAUUCAGGAAAACAAAGAGGGUCUUGAACUGCUAAAGACUGCUAUUGCUAAAGCUGGAUAUACUGGAAAGGUUGUGAUUGGUAUGGAUGUUGCUGCAUCUGAAUUCUAUGAUAACAAGGAUAAGACCUAUGAUUUGAAUUUCAAGGAAGAGAGCAAUGAUGGAUCACAAAAAAUAUCAGGGGACAGCUUGAAGAAUGUUUACAAGUCAUUUGUGGCUGAUUAUCCAAUUGUGUCCAUUGAGGACCCAUUUGAUCAGGAUGACUGGGAGCACUAUGCAAAGCUUACCAGUGAAAUUGGCGAGCAAGUGCAGAUUGUCGGUGAUGAUCUUCUUGUCACAAACCCUAAGCGUGUUGCAAAAGCAAUUCAGGAGAAAGCCUGCAAUGCCCUUUUGUUGAAGGUGAAUCAAAUUGGUUCGGUAACUGAGAGUAUUGAAGCUGUGAAAAUGUCUAAACAUGCUGGAUGGGGUGUCAUGGCAAGUCACCGAAGUGGUGAAACUGAGGAUACCUUCAUUGCGGACCUUUCAGUUGGGUUGGCAACGGGCCAGAUCAAGACUGGGGCUCCUUGCAGAUCAGAGCGCCUUGCUAAAUACAACCAGCUUCUAAGGAUAGAGGAAGAGCUUGGAUCUGCAGCUAUCUAUGCUGGAUCAAAGUUCAGAGCACCCGUGAAACCAUACUGAAGUUGUUAUCGAUGUCAUUCGGCAAUUUCUCAAUAACCUUUUAAGAGCUUCGGCUUUAUGAUAUGUGUGGUUUUGCAGUUUUGUGGUCACUCGAGCAUCGGUACGCAUAGGAAUAUGACAGUAUGGUGAAUUGAGAAUUUAUAAUAAGUGAACUUCUUGCCGCGGAUUAUGAAUGUCUGAGGGCGUGGUAAUUUUGAAUGUAUUUUGUUUGCCAAACCUCUUUUAAUUAUAAGUGUGCGGUUGUGCUGCUUCA